AUGAAAAUAUCUUUCAACUCCAGUAUUGAGCAAGAGAAGAAAAACCUUUAUUUUGGCGCAACUACGGAAAAUACGAAGGAAAAGCAUGGAAAUCACAUUGAGAUGAAAAAGAAGGAAAGCAGAUAUGUUGCUGAACAUGUUACUAUCUAUAAGAGGAAAACAAAAACCAUGCCAUAUUACUUAUUACAAGACUCUAUUAUAUUAAAUUAUUAAUCAGAGUUGAAACAACAUUCGAGCAGGGAGAUAGAAAAAACCGCGGAGUCUGCGCAAAGUUAUGUAUUAUAACACCUAUUAUGUGACUUUCCCUGUUUUUUUUUCUUCUUACAAGAGAGCAUUUCUCUCCCUAGCAGAGGAAUUACAUAAGUGUUAGUAUAUUGCUCUGUCUGACUAAUGCUAAAAAUUGUCUGCCGCAU